UGGGCGUGGUGACGCAUGCCUCGUUUUUCAUGAAUUUUCCGUCCAUUUCAGUUCAGCAUUCUUUUUAACCGGGACAACAUGGCUACUGCAACGAGCCGUUACUACAGCGAAGACGGCAGGGCAACAAAACGACAGAAAACCGACGGAAUGGCCACGGGAUACGAAGACCCACACAAGACGCUUCCUUCAGUGGUGGUACACGUCCGGGGGCUGAUGGACGGAGUCACCGAGGCUGACCUUGUCGAGGCCUUACAGGAAUUUGGAGCCAUCAGUUAUGUGGUUGUAAUGCCAAACAAGCGCCAGGCUCUGGUGGAGUAUGAGGACAUGAAUGGAUCAUCUACAGCCGUCACCUACGCUGCAGACAACCAGGUUUACAUCGCUGGACACCCAGCCUUCAUCAACUAUUCUACCAGCAAGAAGAUUUCUAGACCGGGAGACUCGGACGACUCGAGGAGCGUGAACAACGUUCUACUCUUCACCAUCAUGAACCCCAUCUACCCCAUCACCACGGACGUCCUCUUCACCAUCUGCAACAACUGUGGACCCGUCCAGAGAAUUGUCAUCUUCAGGAAGAACGGCGUCCAGGCCAUGGUUGAAUUUGACUCUGUGCAGAGUGCACAGCGGGCCAAGGCGUCCCUCAACGGAGCAGACAUUUACUCUGGCUGCUGCACUCUGAAGAUCGAGUAUGCAAAGCCCACCCGCCUGAAUGUGUUCAAGAAUGACCAAGACACCUGGGACUACACAAACCCCAAUCUGGGAGGACCAGAUGGUGAUGCAGAUGGCAAUGGGAGCAGUGCAGAAGAUGUGAAUGCAAACCCCAACAAGCGCCAGAGACAGCCCGCUCUGCUCGGAGAUCAUCCUCCAGAGUACGGAGGUGGUUACCAUGGCUACGAUGAGAGCUACGGGUCCCCUCCUUAUGAGGGCCGCCGCAUGGGCCCCCCAAUGAGGGGCCGUGGAGGACGAAGCUAUGGGACGGGCUAUGGGCCUCCUCCCCCGCCUCCAGGCGAGUACGGCGCCCACGCCGACUCUCCAGUGGUCAUGGCUUAUGGGCUUGACACGGCUAAGAUGAAUGCAGACCGGGUCUUCAAUAUCUUCUGUCUCUAUGGAAACGUAGAGCGGGUGAAGUUCAUGAAGAGCAAACCUGGAGCUGCCAUGGUGGAGAUGGGAGACUGCUACGCUGUGGACCGUGCCAUCACACACCUCAACAACAACUUCCUGUUUGGACAGAAACUCAACGUGUGCGUGUCCAAGCAACAAGCCAUCGUUCCCGGUCAGUGCUACGAGCUGGAGGAUGGCACCAGCAGCUUCAAGGAUUUCCACGGCUCCCGGAACAACCGGUUCGCCUCCCCGGAGCAGGCGGCCAAAAACCGAAUCCAGCACCCGAGCAACGUGUUGCAUUUCUUCAACGCCCAGCCAGAUGUCACCCCAGAGAUCUUCUCUCAGAUUUGUGAGGAGCUCGGAGUUAAGAGUCCAAUUAACGUCAAAAUGUUCACGGGAAAAAGUGGCGCAGCUCCCAGUGACCGCAGUGCUUCCGGUCUCUUAGAAUGGGAGUCUAUCAACGAUGCCAUGGAAGCUCUGGCGCUGAUGAACCACUACCAAAUGAAAAAUCCAGGUGUGGGGGGGCAGGCGAGCAAAGGGUCAACAAAGGGUGGUCCUUACCCCUACACGUUAAAGCUGUGCUUUUCCACCGUCCAGCACGCCAACUGAGAGCAUUUCUGAGUCUGGAGGAUGGAGAUCAGUCCGCUAAGGUCCACGUUCAAGAACAUGUUCGCAUGUAGUCCGACUCUGACGGUUUGUGACACCAGAAUAACUCAGACCUCAACAAUCUGAUCUGUUUGGAAUAAAGCACCAUUUAAAAACGAGCAUUUAAAUGUAAGAUUUUUGGCCAAGAUGUGGUUCAGAUCAGCGGUUUUUGUGUCCACACCAUUAAUUUGAUUUUUUGUCCUUUUGUAUUAUGUCAUCACCUGAUGACUUGUCUGUGAGAACUGGUUUUAUGCUUCAACAGUAAAAUGGCUGAAGACAGCAGGACUUUUAUUAUAUUGUUUUUUUUAGUUUUAAUUGCUGAUUGUUUAGUUCUGUGUUCAAACAUAUUAUGCAGCUGGAGAAAUGAUUUGUUCUAAGAAAAUAAAGAAAAACCCGCUUCA